AUGCUAGGUGUUUUUGUUUAUCUUUUGGCUGGUGAAUUUUUUGCAGAGGAUAGCCCUCAAAAGAUAUACAGUAGUGCACUUUCCUUAGUGAGAGAAGAUGGCAGGUGCCAAGACCUUUUUGGACCCACUAUUGCUGGUUUUGGAGAGGAAACAUCACGUGGUCGGCGCCGUCACGUCGCUCAUCAUAAAUACGAAAAAGAUGGGAGACAACGAAUCCGUGUUCUUUUUCAUGUGAAGAUGGAAGAUGACGGGUUUAAGUUAGUUAGACGCCGAAGGCAAUAUUCACGGUUGAAAAAAGCCACUCAAAAAUCAGUUGACAGGAUAGAAGGUACUGUGGACGACAUCCAGGCGGCAGUGGAGAAAGCUGAUGCGCUAGUUGAAGAAAGUGGCCUCAGUUCAUGGAUCAUCGACAAUGUUCGAUUAUUUCUCGGGAAGCGAUGUAUCUCCCGGGUGUACUUGAUAGGAAAUGGUCAUCUUGAUGCGCCAUGGGAACCUGGCGCUCAUCAGUUUGCUCUUAUUCAAAAAAUAUGUUCUGCCUUCAACGCUGAAAUGGUUUUUCAGGAGCCUUGCAUCAGCAAUGCUGAGCGAGAAUGGUUGAGUCAUCAAGAAGGAAUUGCUUUCCGCGAUCAACCUGAUGUUAGCUUUGAUGUAACUGGUGAGUGCGAUAGAUGGGCUCUAGAUCAUGAAGACUCUGUUAGCCGAUCUAGCUUUACUGCGAGUGUCCACUCAAGGAUCACAGAUCGUGGCAAAGCGCUUUCUACCGGCAAGAGCAUCUGGAUACCUGAAAGUUCGUUUUUAUGGCUUUGUGGGCGUCAUCCUGAAACAGGACGUAAGAUAAAUCAGCAUAUAGGUGGUGGAGUCAAGUUUGAUUACUACAUGAUUGACUACCACAGCAGAGGACCCACGGAACCAGGAAAAACGUAUGAUGAACGGGUACUGGAAGUCCGUCGUGAUCCAAACAGAAGUUCUCAUAUAGCACUUGUGGCAGGAACAGAAGGAAAACGGUGGAUACUGGCUACGGAGAACAUGAAGGCUGGUGACAUCAUUUCAACUACAUGCCAUAUUCCGGAAAAUCCUGUCAUUGGAGUUGAAGGAAAUUCAUACCCUGUUGGUUCUCUUGUAGCAGGCACACUAAUAAACAGUGUUGAACGGUAUCCAACAUUGGCUGAGAAUCUGGACAUUGUAUGUUUUCGUUGUAAAAAGCCGGGCUACAGCAUGCAACAUUGUUUCGACACCAAGCUGAAGACUUCACACGUCAUUCGGCUCUUUACCCUUUUGUUCGUUUACUGCCUUCCUAUUCUUGAUCUUGGGUGCCGGUUGGUAAACUAA